AUGUCCUUCCUCAGUAAAGCUGCUAGAACUGUUUCUUCUCCAAGAGUUUUGUAUCCAUUUCUCGCUCUCGGUACUGUCGGUGUUGCGUACCAUUUUUCCACUAUGAGCGCCAUCUAUAACGAAAAUAGUAAAACCUUUAAAGGUGAUGACAAAUGGGUUGAUUUGAAGUUGAUCAAGUCUUACGAUUUGUCUUCUAACACUAAACACUUUGUCUUUGCUACUGAAUCCGAUGACGAUGUUUCUGGUUUGCAAACUGCUUCUUGUGUCUUGGCCAAGUUUGUUACUCCUAAAGGUAGCAACGUUAUUAGACCUUACACUCCUGUUUCUGAUACUGAACAAAAGGGCACCAUUGAAUUCGUUAUUAAGAAGUACGAAGGUGGUAAGAUGAGUUCUCAUCUUUUCAAUUUGAAGGAAAAUGAUACUUUGUCUUUCAAGGGUCCAAUUGUUAAGUGGAAAUGGGAACCUAACCAAUUUAAGGAAAUCACCUUAAUUGGUGGUGGUACUGGUAUCACUCCUUUGUACCAAUUGGUCCAUGAAAUCACUAAAAACCCUCAAGAUAACACCAAGGUUCAUUUGAUCUACGGUAACUUGUCCCCCAAGGAUAUUUUGAUGAAAAAGGAACUUGAUGAAUAUGCUGCUAAGCACAAGGAUCAAGUCAAGGUCACUUACUUUGUCGACAAGGCUGAAUCAAAUUGGGACGGAAAGACAGGUUACAUCACCAAGGAAUAUUUGGAAUCUGAAUUACCAAAGCCUUCCAAGGAAUCCAAGAUUUUUGUCUGUGGUCCACCACCAUUGUACAAUGCCAUUUCUGGUAACAAGGUCUCUCCUACAGAUCAAGGUGAAGUCACUGGUAUCUUGGCCGACUUGGGUUUCACCAAGGAACAUGUUUUCAAGUUCUAG